UCUUAGUCAACAAAAUCUAUGCCCCAUGACAAAGAGAAAUGUUGAUGCUUGUACACGAAAAUAAAGAUAGAUCAAAUGCAUUCCAAUCUUUCUCCGCAAACCUUCGUUAUCUUUGAAGGGUCAGGCACCGUUCAAAGAUCAUAAAACAACAAUGGACUCGGGUAGAUGAAGAGAUUACUUAGCACAAACUUCUAAACCGAAGAAGUUGUGUAAUAGUACACCAUUGUUUCAAUGACAUUGAUACAAAACAUCAAUGACAUCUGUAAUUAAAGAAAUUUCGUUGAGAAGGCAGCAUUUGUGAACAUGUUUAAUAUGAAUGUCUUGCUUCUGUUUCCGGAUCGUGAUUAAAAGAGACAGAAGUAAUCGUUUACCUUCUCACUCAGCGAUAACAAGAAAGGUGUGAUGAACCCUCGAUUCAUUAUGGCCUCUAUGGUAUCAUUCGGAAUUGCUUUCUUCUGUAUACAAGUAUUAUAUUUAUUCCACUUCUACCCUUCCGUUGUGUCUACUUCUACUACAUCAAAUGUGUCGAACGGAGCUUACAAUAAUUAUUCCACUUCAUGUUUACGGGAUUGUACGAGAUUUCCCGAGCCGAGAACCUGUGACUUCCACUUCGUAGCAGAGUGGUAUUAUUCCAUGUCUAAGGCCUGCUAUGACUGUCCCUUCAAUACGAGUGACUGUUUGCGACCUCAUUGUAUAGCUCUAAAUGGGGUUCAGCGACCAGUCUUGGCGAUUAAUCGGCAGAUACCGGGGCCCAGUAUUCAGGUGUGUCAGGGAGAUCGAGUUCGGGUCACCGUCCGUAACGCCCUGGACAACUCGGAAGGUUUGACCAUUCACUGGCAUGGUCAACAUCAGCGUACUAGCCCUCACAUGGACGGAACAUCAAUGAUCACGCAAUGCCCCAUUCCCCGACCCCAAACCUUCACCUAUAAUUUCCUUGCCGACACACCGGGUACGCAAUGGUGGCACUCGCACUCUGGUCUACAGCGGGCAGACGGGUUGUUCGGUCCCGUGGUCGUACGGCAGAGGAAGGAUGACGAAGUGCACUCGAGUCUCUACGACAUCGAUGACCACGAGCAUGUGAUAAUGAUGUCGGAUUGGACUGAUACGCUCUCCAUGCAGCACAUGAUGAAGGAUCUACACGCUGACGGGCCAGGAGGUCCUGAUGCUAUUCUUAUUAAUGGGCGUGGCACAAAGAGAAAGGUUUUCGAAAGAAACGGCAAAGAGGCACAACUCCCAGAUUCAAUAUUCACCGUCAAACAAGGAUUACGAUAUCGCUUUCGAACAAUCAACACAGCAGUCACUAAUUGUCCUAUGGAAAUAUCGAUCUCCAAUCACCAGCUACUCACAAUAAGUACCGAUGGUUCACCUAUCGAUGCCAUAACGGUAGACGGAGUCGUAGUAUCAGGUGGCGAACGGUAUGAUUUUGUGGUUUCUGCCGAUAAACCGAUCGGCAAUUACGCGAUACAAGUGCGCGGGGUGGAUGGAUCUGAAUGUGAAGGCAUCGAAGAAGUUGCGAUAUUGAGAUACACAGGAGCCCUGCAGGAAAUGAAGCCAUCAGCCAUCAGCAUGAACCCAUCAGCUACCAAGGAAGGAGAUGGUGUUAUUCUUAAUGUACCUAUAGUUGAAAGUACACCAGGAAGGCCUGAGGUUUACGACCUCAGAGGCGCAGGCCCCAUCGACCCCGACAUAGUGCGUCCUAAGCCCGACGUCACCCACUACAUCGAAGUCGACAGCGUGUAUCGCAACUCCCCCCAUCUUCAUCACCGUACAUACUACCCCGUAGAGCAAGGCGGCCACAUGUACACCGCAAAGAGGACUCACAUGAUGAACAACAUCAGUUUCGCCCUCCCGACGGUCCCGUUGCUCACUCAUCAUCGUCACCUCCAGGCCGGGAGUCUGUGCACGAAGUCGACGAUGAUGACGGAAUACGGGCGGGACUGUGAAGAGGAGUACUGCGAGUGUACGCAUACGAUCCCGGUCAAACUGAAUCAGGUUGUGGAGCUCAUAUUGGUGACAAAGUCUUUGAAGGAAUUUGAGCCACACCCACUUCAUCUCCAUGGUAACCAUUUCUACGUCAUCAGUUACGACAACGGCGAGCAACUCCCGCAACAGACGAUACAAGAUAUGGAUGAGAGAGGUGAAAUAAAACGCAACCUCGAUCACCCACCACGAAAAGACACAUUAAUGAUGGCUCAGCGCUUUGCCAUACUACGUUUCAAAGCUGAUAACCCGGGCUGGUGGUUGUUCCAUUGUCAUAUGGAUGUACAUCUGGAGCUAGGGAUGGCGGUUGUGUUUCAUGUGGGCGAUGAUGGAGACUUGCCUCCUCCACCCAACACCAUGCCUGUAUGUGUAAGAGUGUUCGUCUGA